GUUCCUCGAAAGACUGCAAGGAAUUAUAUGAAAUGGGCAACAGAACGUCAGCUAUUUAUAAUAUUUAUCCCUGGGACAGGUAUAAUCCCAAGAAGAAUCCAGUACAAGUCCAGUGUGAUAUGUCAACGGCCGGAGGGGGUUGGACUGUAAUACAGAAUAGAGUGGAUGGCAAGGUAAAUUUCAGCAGAAGCUGGGAAGAAUAUAAGUUUGGAUUUGGAGAUCGAACAACGAGCUACUGGAUAGGGAAUGACGUCAUACAUGACCUGACAAAGAAGAAUGACAGUUCGCUGUAUGUGAGCAUUACAGGCAAGGACGGUACCACCCACUAUAUACAGUACGACACGUUCUCUAUAGCCGGAGAAGAUGAUGAUUACAGGUUGUUCAUUGACGGAAAAGCGACUGGGACAUUAGAUGAUAGGAUAAGAAUCGGUACAGAUGGAGACAACAUAAACGGGAUGAAGUUUUCUACGUAUGACAAAGACAAUGACCUCUCAUCAAAUCAUUGCACAGAUCUCAUGGGUGUAGGAGGAUGGUGGUUCAACAGGUGUAAUGACGCCUACCUUAACGGCCAGUAUCCACCUGGAACGUGGCGUGAUGUUUGGCAUGGUACAUUUGCAUAUGGAUCAGAGAUUUCCAGUACGAUGAUGAUGAUUAAGAGAAAAUGAUUAAAAGACAAUCAUCGAAUUCAAAGUUUGCAGAAUUGUUGAAAAAAAAAUUUCAUGUCUUCUUUUAUGGAAUUAUGUAAAAAAAAAAAGUGUAACAAUUUAAUGCUUGUUGAUUGAUUGUAUAUUGUUUAACGCCGAGUUGGCAAUAUUUCAGCCAUAUUUCGGUUGACACAAUUUAAUGUAUAAAUAUUUCUUAUUUCAAUAGUGCGAUCUACCUAUCUCAAUUAAAAUUAUCAUUUUAGUGGCUUUUGUUCAUUUAAGUGAUAUGUUGUUGUGAUUAUCAGAUGCUUUUGUUUAAUGUUUGAAAUAUAAUUUUGAAUAGCUAUACGAAUUGCAAAGGUUUAGAAAACUUUCAUGAAUGCAAGAAACAUGAUUCAGUUUCUCUAGAAUUUGAUCUAGUAUUAUUGUAGUACGUUAUCAACGGAGG